CCGGAGGAGAACUGCCAGAGCAUGUUCUCUCCAUUAAUGGACCGGUGGCUCCAUUUGUGAUUAACAAGGUGAACGUGGCUCUGUUGUUUGCUGCUGCAGUCCUGUACCUCUCUGCAGUGGGUGGAGCCAUAGAGAUCCUGGGAAUCUUUGUGCUGAAGGAGCCACUUAACUGGACUGCAACUCAGGUGGGUUAUGGGAACGCAGCAGGCUGCAUGAUUUUCAUCACCAGUUACCUGGGUGUCAUGGUGUUCCGUCGCUGCGUCAGUGACGUUAUGCUCAUCCUGAUUGGCAUGAUAUCGUUCGCCUCUGGAAUUUUCUUCAUGUCCUUUGUCACGUCAACCUACACAUUCUACCUUGCUCGCUCUCUCAACCUGUUUGCUCUCAUCCCGCUGCCAACUAUCCGCUCUCUGCUGUCACUGCAGGUUCCGGCAUCUUCAUGUGGCACCACUCUUACCUUUCUGCAGCUGGCUCUGAAGUUUCCUGGUCUGGCAUACAUCCCUGCCUUCACAAAGAUCUAUCAGGGAACCCUGAACUGGUUCCCCGGCUUUGUCUUUACACUGGCAAGCAUCUUAGCAUUCCUGGCAAUGAUACCCAUCAGUAUCUUUGGCUGUAGAUCACCUCUGAGGCGACAGUAUGACAGGAUACAGGAAGCGUGAUUUAUUGACAUCAGCAGCGACUGUCAGCUUGUGUUGGUACGAGGCAGACCGGGACUGAGACUUGAAUUGGGCAAAAGAAGGAUUGUGCCUAUAAAGUAAUUUCCUAUCAGGUUCAAACUAAAGACAGUUGAGGAAAGUCAAAGUUUGAAUCCUGCAAGAAUGUUGCUGUUACAGGAGAAACUGUUUAUGCUUGUUAUGACUAACAGACAUAACAUGAUAGGUUUAAAUGGGAUCUAUGCAGAUUGACCAGACGUUUUGAAUUGUCAAACUUUGAGAGCAACCAUUGACAUUUGUAUAAAAUGUGUCCUCAUCAACACACUGAAGGUGUUUUUAAAUGGAGAUUUUGUUAUAGACACAUAAAGGCCAUAAGCACCACUUAAAGACACACAAUCCACUAAUACAUUAAACGUAGUUUUGUCUUUUGGAUCAGCUCAGAAUGGAUCACAUUCAACUUUCAGACAUUAUCUCACAGAUUUGAACCAAUGUGACUGGAACCUUGUCGGGUGGUGACAGAUUUCAGUCAUUAUGUCUUGCAUAUCAGGACCGGAACGAUACAUUGAAAGUUUCUGGUGAAUGCAUUAAUAAGAAUUUUUCAUUUUUCACAAUAUUUGUGGGGGGGAUAAGGAUUCACAAAUCAGUCAUCUUAAAAAAGGAAC